AUGAUUGCGGAAGUACUGCUCGUGCUCGCCGGCCACUCGUCUUCGCUCUUCCCCACCGACCACACCGUUCACCCCGCAUUCGCGCCGCUCCUCCACCCCGGCGAAGAGCAAUGUCUAGAAUCUCUCGCGCAGAUCGCCCUGCGCUACCGCAAAGUUAAACAUGCGUGCAACGCGCUCGCUAAGCCAUCAUCGCGAUACCUCUCCGCCCUCUGCGCGACCCUCAACCAGAUCCUCAAGGAAGGCUACGAAGUGCUCGUGGUCGAAACUGAGGCGAAGGUCCUGCAGCGCGACAGCAGCCUCGUCGCGUCCGGCUCCUUUGUACCCCUAUCAUCUUUGCGCGCUAUCUUCGCGGAAUGGGACGCGCCUCUGGCCUCGCUGGAAACUCUUGUGGACGAACUGCAGGCUCAAGAGCAGUGGCCCCCUGGCCCCCUCAUUGACCUGCUCUUGACUCGGUCUCAAACUGGUAUCCACCGCGUCUCCGCUAUAUAUACCCGCCUCUCUGAAGCAGUACAGCGCGUUUGGAUUGCCCAACUUCAAGCGCUCCUCAUCCACGGUACGCUUUCACCGAGCGAACCUCUCGCGGACAAGAAGUUCGUCCUGCUUGAAGGUGCUGUUCCUGCCUGUAUAUCCGCUCAGUCUCGGGACUCUAUCACCUACGUUGGACGCGCCAUCGGUACUGUCAAAUCUGCGAAAUGGGAGAAGCAGUUUCCGCAGGAUCUAGCACGGGAGCAUACCAAGCUACUCAGCACAGUCCUUCCUCACGACCAAUAUGCCUUCGAUCGUGUCAUUACAGAUAUUCGGACUGCGGUUAGUGAAUGGCUAUGGCUCAAUGUGCUCACAUACAAAGACGUCAAUGAGGCAGUUGAAUCAUUAGCCAACUACUUCUUGCUGAGGAAUGGCGAAUUCGCUCUAUCGCUCAUCCGCGAGAUAGAGCGGUUGAAGCUCUCCAGGCUCACCGCCCGCGCAGUCCCGAGCACGAUGAUCCGCGAGCAGGACCUCCACCUCGCUCUCCUCCGUGCAUCAUUGGGUACCACAGCCCAACAGGACCCAUCCCUCGCUCAUCUACAUUUCCGCAUGCCUGCAGGACCUAUUCGACCCCUCCUGCCCUCCCUUGCCGGCGCCGCCGCCAAGGACCUUUCGACAUCACUCUCCCAACCUGCUGAGGCCACCUCGUUCGAUGACCUGCUACUCGGAACGCCCCUGAUCCUCACAUAUAGCGUCACUUGGCCGCUCGACCUGUUCCUGCACGCCUCUGACCUGCAGACAUACGCGGUGCUGUUUUCCUACGUUUCCGCGCUGCGCAAGACCCACACACGCAUUCACGCGUGUUGGACCGCACUCUCGAACGCGCAGCGUGCGCGCCGGCGAUGGACAGGGCUUGGGGAGGGCGGCACGGCCGAAGACCUUGAAGCCCGCAAGGAGCUAUUGAGAUGUGGGUGGGGCGUCGUGCGGGAGAUGAACUGGUUCUUGGACACGCUGCUCGGCUAUGUCAUGACGGACGUAGUGGACGUAGAGUUCCGCCGGAUGAAGGCUCUCCUCCUCGGUCGUCCAGCAGGGGGCAUCGGUCGACAGAUGACGGGGUCGAGCGGAGCUACGGAUGGCGCGGGUACCAUGCCACAAGGGGUUUCCUCGAAGUCUGUGUCGAGCAUGCCCCCCUCUCAAAGUACGGCCUCAAAUCUUGCGGCGUCCGCUGCGCUGCCGCUGGACUUCACGACAUUACGGAGCAUCCACACGACAUACCUGGAGCGGCUGCUUACUGGGAGCCUGCUCUCGAACCCGGCCUUAACGAACAUCAUCCGCAUGAUCCUGGAGGUCUGCGAGCGGUUCGCGGCCCAGGUGGAGAGAUGGGGUGGGGACGUAUUGCCCGCGCUACUCUUCGAGGGUUCGCUCGCCGCGGGCGCACAGAAAGUCGGCGAAGCGGUAGCCGAGCGGAAUGCAACCGUCGGUGAGAUCGACGAGACGCUCCAAACGCUCCUCGACGCGUUCUACGAACAGCUCUCGCUCUCAACCACGCUACAGCCGUUCGCGGCGACGGCGGACGCGACGAAGUCCGCGCUGCUGCACAACACGAGCAUGGCGAACACGACCGGGUUCCACACGUUCGUGCGCGCGCGCCGCGGGCGGCGCCUCGAGGGCGACGAGGAGGUGCGCCGGCAUGUCGAGCGGCUGCUGCUCCGGCUCGACUUCAACGGGCAGUUCUCGCACCCGAGGAGGAAGCGCAGGGCGGGCGUGCGGGCUGCGGAGAGCGAGGAUAUCCUCAAGCAGGGCGGGUUGGCGUAGGCGCAGAAAGGUCUGGGCAGCCGUGGAAGACAGAACCUCUCUUGGGUGCAGAGGAACGAACAUCAUUUCGCCGAGCGACGGUCGUCUAGGCGUCCAAGAUUUUGUCAACCCCCUCGCUCACACCACAAGACGAGUCAAGGUGACUCGAUGGCAAGGGAGCAAACGGUCUCGUGCUAGAGGAGGCCGGGCCAGGAGCUUCGAAAUCGUUCACCUCGGCCCGAACCUGGUGGUACGAACGCCUCAAAGACGGCCUUCGUGCAACCUCCUAGAAAAGGCUACAACUUCACAGAGGGAAUCGCGGAGCCUCUACGCUGCUACAGCGUGAAUAGGAACGGGCGGUAGUAGCACUUAGGUCGCGCGCUUGGCGCUCCAGUAACUAGAACGGGCGCUCUCCGCACCUCCGUCGAUGACAGCCUAUGGUAGCACGGCCCUUCGAAACAAAUCCUUGCAAAUUCACC